GGAUGCCUUCCGUGGCGCUGCUCAGCCUCCUCGGAGCCGCGGCUCUGGCAGGUGUUAGAUCGGCACCAGUGGAAAAAGAUGAUCAUGUUGAGGAAAUGGUUACACGAUGCAUUGUAGAGGUCCUUUUGAAUGGUCUAUCAAAACCCAAUGCUCCACCGAUCAAUCCCCUAUGCAAGGAGUUUCUAAAGAAAAGCAGCCAACAAAAGCCAGAAGAGAAAAGGUUAGUCCAAGACAGAGAACUUAACACAAGGCCCUCAUCAGAAUCCAAUGAACUGGAGAGACCACCAGAAAGGAUUAUGAAGGAACAACUGAAUGAAGAAGAAUUUAAAACACAAACCAAAGGAGGGGAAAGCUGGCACCCAGAGGAAGGAACACAUGAGGAAAAAGAUGACCAACAAGCUGCCUCCCCAGUCCACAAAGAGCAGGAAAAGAAUGAGGAUGAGAAAGGAAAUGGAGAACAUGGAAGCUAUACAAGUAAUUACCACAGCAAAGAAGGAAGCAGAGAAAAGAAACCUAAUGAAGAGGUGGAGGAUGAAUCUCUAGACAAAAAGUCUCUUUCUACAGUUGGAAAGGUGGCUGAGGGUGACUACAAACAUUCUGUGGGCCUAAAGAAGUCUGAAGAAAGUGUACAUAGCCAAGAAAAAGAAAACCAAAAAAGCGAGGAGGAGGAAGAAGAGGAGGAAGAAGAAGAGAGCAGUGAAAAGUAUCACCGUAAUUUUCAUCGAGAAUAUGAAGAUUCUUACGAGAAAGAAGCUGAGGUAGAAAAACAAGACCACAAACCAAGACAGAACCACCAGAAACCGAAGCUGGGCAAUUCUUCUGAAAACAGAAAAUAUCAUAAUGGUGAGAAGAGGGAUUCUCCUGAAGAAUCAAGUGAGGAAGAAGAUGACUUCUGGGAUAAAAGGAGCCGCUGGCCCAAACACUAUUAUGAGACAGGACAUCGUUAUGAGGAAAAAAGAAACUCUGAGGAGAUACAUGGCUCUGAAGAAAUGGAGGGAAGGGGCAGGAGUAAUGAGUACUAUGACAGAAGGUAUCACAGCAAAGAGGAGGAAGAUACAAGACAUCAUGGAAGGGGAAGUGAAGAGAAACAGCAUCACUAUGAGAGAAAAAGACUCCAUGUUGAGCCACUAAAGGAAGCAAGACACUAUCAUGAAGAAAGGAACCCUCAGGGCAAAGCAAGUGAGGAAUAUAUGGGCAAGCAACAUAGUUAUGGGGGCCAGGAUGAGAAACAGUAUCUUGGCAGAGAAUGGCAGCACUUACAGAUGGAGGAGAUCCCCAAGUCACCAAGCAUGGACAUGGAGGAGGGAGAGCAGAGGUUCUACAGUCCCAAAGAGGAGGCCAGGGAAGAAAAACGGCACUAUCCUAGUGUCCUCGAGGAGGAGCUUGAAAAGAGACAUCACAGUGAGGGGAAAAAACAUGGUAUUAAUAAAAGGACAUUCCUGGUUGAGGAAGGCUACCCAAGAAGCCACUAUCUUGUACAGAAUGUGAAAAGAGCUGCGGCUUCAUACAUCCCUUACUACCAGCAGCUCAGAUGGAAGAACCACCACACUGAAAAGAAAGAUGAUAUGGCCAACCUGUUUCUAGAAAGUGAAGAAGAACCCAGGUCCCAUCUGGAUGAGAGAGAUUUCUUUCCUGACUAUAAUGAUUAUGAGCCAUGGGAGAAGAAGCAGCUUAUGGACAGCCUGAAUCACAAGCAUAAAGAGAACAGUCACCAUGAAAAAACCCACAAAUCUGAUGUUAAGAGACAGUACAACAGGAUGGAUGAACUUGCCCAUCUUCUGAGCUACAGGAAGAAAUCAGUAGAGUUUCCAGAACUAUACAGCUCCAAUGAAGAUGUGAAGAGGGGGAACAUGAUAAGAAGCGAUGAGGGCAAACUUGGUCAGAGGCCUUUGACACAAGAGGAGGAGAAAGAACUGGAAAACCUGGCCGCUAUGGACUUGGAGCUACAGAAAAUGGCGGAGAAGUUCAGCAAUAACUGGCAGGGAUGAACUUUCCUUGGAGUAACACGGGUAUGGUAAAGUGUUAGCUGUAUUGAUGGUAAACCUAUAUUUAUUGGUAAAAAUCACUGCCAUCACUGAUGUUCUCAUCCCCUUCCAAACAGAAACGCUGUUCACUGUGCACUAAAUAUAUAACCAUUUAUGCAGCUGCAAGUCUUUUUAUGUUGCAAGUGUGCUAGGAAGAUCAGAUUAGCAUGAAUGAUCAGUGUACAUCCAAGGCAGAUGUUUUAACAUGUCUGUGGCAAUAACUUGUGUUUGUGUUAUUCA